GCUAAGGUAGCUAGCUAGCUAACUCAAUGGGAAAUUAUGCUUAUUUAACAAGAAUAAUUAGCGAGCAAUUCGCCUAACGAACAUGAAAUGGUGUUUGUUAAAAGCUAGAAUCAGCAGAAGAGGUGUUACUACAUAGCUAAAGGAUGGAGCUGCCAGAGGAGACCACCUGCACAGGGGUGGGUUUCCUCUCCCGGAUGGGCCUCAAUGACAACAAGGCUGGUAUGGAGGGUCUAGACAGGGACAAGAUCAACAAGAUCAUCCUAGAGGUUUCCAAGGGGUCGAGGUUUUAUGAGAACGAGCUGAAGAAGGACCGGCAGGUGAACCAGCGCAUUGAGAGGAUGCUGCAGCAGAAAGCCCAGAUCACCGAGCAGCAGCUCGGGAAGGCGCAAGUACAGGUGGAGAAGAUGGCCGCCGAUCUGGAGAGGGGGCGGGAGUUGGGGCGCGUCAUCGUGCACGUGGACAUGGACGCUUUCUACGCCGCGGUGGAGAUGAGAGACUGCCCCGAGCUGAAGGACAAGCCCAUGGCUGUGGGUUCCAAUAGCAUGCUGUCAACUUCUAAUUACCACGCCCGCAAGUUCGGCGUUCGUGCGGCCAUGCCAGGCUUCAUUGCCAAGAAGCUGUGUCCCGGCCUGGUCAUCGUGCCGCCAAACUUCGACAAGUACAGAGCGGUGAGCGCCGAGGUGCGGGAGAUCUUCGCCGACUACGACCCCAAUUUCCUGGCAGUGAGUCUGGACGAGGCGUACCUGGACAUCAGCGAGCAUGUGGCGCAGAGGCGGGGCUGGCCCGAGUCCGUGAGGACGCACCCCGUCCGAGCGGCAGAGGAGGGUGACGGGAAGGGGCCGCCGGGCGAGGGGGACGCCGACAGCCUGUCCCCGGUCCUGUUCGAGGACAGCCCCUCGUCGUCCCCCGCCGGGCGGGGCGCGGGGCGCGCCGUGGUGUUUGGGACGUGCGCGGAGGAGGCGGUGAGGGAGAUGCGCUUCCGGAUUGAGCAGAGGACCACCCUGACCGCCAGCGCAGGCAUCGCCCCCAACUCCAUGCUGGCCAAGGUGUGCAGUGACAAGAACAAACCCAACGGGCAGUACCGGAUCCCGGCUGAACGGCAGACGGUGCUGGACUUUAUCCAGGACCUCCCCAUCCGCAAGGUGCCAGGCAUAGGGAAGGUGACCGAGAAGAUGCUGGGAGCUCUGGGGAUCACCAGCUGUUCCCAGCUCCGCCAGAAGGUGGCGCUCCUCUCCCUGCUUUUCUCUGAAACCUCCUGGCAUCAUUUCCUGCAGAUUUCCCUGGGUUUGGGCUCCACACACAUUGAAAGGGAUGGUGAGAGGAAAAGCAUGAGCACGGAAAGGACGUUCGGGGAGAUGAGCAGCGCUGAGGAGCAGUACGAGCUGUGCAGGGAGCUGUGUCGAGACCUGGCCCAGGACCUGCAGAAGGAAGGCCUUAAGGGCAAGACGGUGACGGUUAAGCUGAAGAACGUGAACUUUGAGGUGAAGACCAGAGCCUCGACCGUGUCUGCAGUGGUGUCCAGUGAGGAGGAGAUCUUUGCUGUCGCUAAGGAUCUCCUGAAGACCGAGAUCGAGAACGCCAGCCCCCAGCCGCUUAGACUGAGGCUCAUGGGGGUUCGAGUGUCUGGAUUCGUCAGCUCUGAGGACAGGAAGCCCCUGCAGAAGAGUAUCAUCGGCUUCCUGCAGUCAGGCCGGUCGGAGACAUGCGGGGCCACUCAGCCGGCCGGUCAGGUGCCCAGAGCUGCUCCAGCCAAUCAGGAGGAGCCUUCUAGGCCCCUGGAUGUGGAGAUUAUGAAACAGGGUGAUGCCUCCGCUAGCGUGGUCCAGGAGACCAGACCUGACCCGGUGAAACCGGAGGGGGUGGCUACAAUCCUCAGCCGGCCCAAGGCGGAGUCCUUCUUCCAGAUGAUGCACGCCCAGAGGCUUCAGAUGCAGGAGGACGCCCAGGGGCGGGGAGACGGCCCCGUCCCGCCACGGGACGAGCAGCCCACCACCUCCCGAUCCCCAGAGGGGGCCUUCACCUGCCCCGUGUGCUUCCGGGAGCAGGCGUCCACCGAUCUGGGCAGCUUCAACAGACACGUGGACGAGUGCCUCAGCGGCGUCUCCGCCGGACAGGGCGACCUGGACACGGACCCAGAGACGGGGGUGGGCACAGGGGACGAGGACAGCUGCUCUCUGGACGCAUGGGUCCGAAUCCAACCAGCCGCCGCUUUGAACGAAGCCGGUGCCAAGGCAGGGAGCGGCACCAUAAAGACCUUCUUUGAAAAGCGCACCCACAGUCCUGUUAAGAUUAACAAGGAGACUUCAGUGAAUGGUGCCUGCACGCUGAAUAGGCCGGGCUUGAAAUCUGUCGACAACAGCAAAGCUGGCUCCCAUACCUUCUUCCCAUUAGAUUCCAUAAAUGAGAAUUCAAGCGCAGUCGACCGUCCCUCUAACGAGACGGUCGAUGGCCAGGGGGGACGGAGCACGGAAAGCAGGUCUCCUGGGAGGACGCUGGGCUCCCCGGGCCCCGCCCUCACCUGCCCCGUGUGUAACCAGCAGCAGGACACCAGCGACCUGGCCCUCUUCAACAGCCACGUGGACCUGUGCCUCAACCAGAGCGUCCUGCUGGAGCUCAGGGGAGCGGCGGUCUCUCACAACUCCAACAUCGCGCCAGGCGCUAAGGUCAAAGGUCAGUGUUUGUAUAGCUACAGCAAAAUGAGCUAA